AUGGCCUUCUGGUUUCAGCUCCCGUACAUGAAGAGCUUGCACUUAGUCAUUGGCCAACCAGUUGUCUGCCAACCCAUCAUCCACCAACUAGUUCUAAACCACAUAGCCCUCAGCCAACCAGACACGAAUCAACUGGGUAUGAAUCAAUCAAGCUUACCAGACAUGAACCAGCCAGGCACGAUCUUACGUGGUAUGAACCAAUUGGACAUGAACCAACCAAGUAUAAGCCAACCUGACACUAACCAACUGGGUCAACCAGGCAUGAGGCAACUAGGCCUGUGCCAAAUAAGCAUGAGGCAACCUGGCACAUGCAUGCAGGAAUUGGCUGCCUGUGAAAACAUGCUAGAUGCAAUGAAGUUAACAGCAAAGGAUGUACUCAGGGGUGGCUUUGGGGAUCAUCCCCUUUUCUACUGCUUGAUUGCAGAAGUACACAAUCAUCAAAAACCAUUAGGCAAAGUGACUGUUGGAUUUGCCAUGUACUACUUUACAUAUGACCCCUGGAUUGGCAAGUUACUUUACCUAGAGGACUUUUAUGUCAUACAAGCUUACCGAGGUCUAGGUAUUGGAGCUGAAAUGCUGAAGAGGCUAGGUCAGAUAGCCGUCAGAAGCCAGUGUAACUGCAUGAAGUUUCUGGUUGUCAUUUGGAACCAGGCUUCUACUGACUACUAUACUUGUCGAGGGGCUUUAGACCUUUCCUCCGAGGAGGGCAGGCAUCUGUUCAGGUUUAACAGAGAAGAACUAAUGGACAUGGCAGGGGAAGAGUUAAAGAUGACUCAUCACAAAUUGUCCCAAUACAGGCUCCAAUAUUUAAAUGUCACCUGAGUCCAACAGCAGUUUGAUUUUGAGUGUUGUACAAUACAACAAGUGAACAAACUCGUUUCAGCAGAUCUUUUACUCUGAAAGAGAUUUUACCAGUCAACUUUCCAUUAUCCAAACUAAUAUACUAAUGGCUAGUAGCAGAGCUGAUGAUCCAAAAUAGCAGAUAAUUCAAAAAUAACUUACACUUGGCUUUAGGAUAUUUUUUAUCCUCCAUAUCUUAUUAUAUUUCAAAUGCUUAUAUUUUUACACACUAACAGACCUGAAAUCAGGGUAAGUAUUAUCAUUAACUGGCAGCACUUUUUAUUUUUUACCAUCUUUAUUGGAGUAUAACUGCUUUACAAUGGUGUGUUAGUUUCUGCUUUAUAACAAAGUGAAUCAGUUAUACAUAUACAUAUGUUCCCAUAUCUCUUCCCUCUUGCAUCUCCCUCCCUCCCACCCUCCCUAUCCCACCCCUCUAGGUGGUCACAAA